AUAAAAAAGUUCCCUCAUGUUCCUCACUUUCAUACACUUUUAUUUUUUAAAAAUACUUUUAGCUCGAUUAAAAUUUGGAGCAGUGGCCUCAUUUGAAGGAACUGCUUCAGUGCUACACAAGUGACUGGGUGAAAGAUGAAAGCAAGUAUGGGCAUUAUGAAAGUGUCAGUCCUCCUCACUUUCACAAUCAAAUAUUUGAGGGAAACGAUACUGAUAUCCAGACUGAAAUAAGCCUUGCAAAUGCAAAGGCGAACCAAGGGUAAAGAUGCUACUGAUGAUGACACCCCAAGUACCUCUGGACGCCAAUUUGCAGACUCUCAUGUUUCUCAGAUUGAAACUCCCUAUCAUCCGUAAUCAACUACCAAAACAAAAACCAUUAUCAAUAGAGAUGCAGAAGACAUAUAUGGCAUAAUCAGUUAAUCACAUGUCAAGGACAUAAAGUACAAGCAAUUAAAGACACCCAAUUUUGUAAUCCACCCUGCAAAAAAUGAAUCUUGGAACAUUUU